GGUGAACCUCUUGAACCGGAACUCUCAACUUUUUCCCCGCAUCCGUUGUUUCCUAACCAGAAUCUCUAAACGACACCGUUUCAAAAGGAGAAGGAGAAAACAACUACGACGGAAAGAAGAAUUGUCAGGUUAGUAGUAGCCAAGGACUCGUGCAUCUGUCUCCUCCGCCUCCGCCUCCGCUCGCCACCGCAGGUUCGUCUGCUCCCGCCGCUGCUAUCGUCAAAAACUGUUUGGAGCUGGUUUAGAGAAGUAUCAUGAAGAAGGAUGCGAUGACCGAUAGGACUCGGAAUCGGAGCUUCCCGGUGGACCCGAAUGUGCCACGAUGGGUUUGUCAGAACUGUCGCAACCCUCUCUGCAUCGUCGGCGUGGAUUCCUACGCCGACAAGUUCUUCUCCGACCCCUCUCGCUCCGGGAUGCAAGGAUCAUCAAUUCAUGUUGCCAGUAGUGUGCUAAGUACGACUAAGAUGGAUAAUUCGUAUGUUGUGUUGCCGAAGCAGAAACCUCCUCGUCCUCGCUCCGGUGCGAACAGUCAGCCUGAUGCUGCCGCUGCUUCGCAGCCAGGAAAGGCUAUGGAGGAGUCUUUUGUUGUUGUGUACAAGUCAGAGUCUGCCUCUGAUGGCAGUGGGAGCCACGUGGUUCCCAGCGGGUCUGAUCACAAUGGCCAUUUGCAGCCUCAUAAUUCGGGGUUUAACUCAACUAUUACUGUCCUGACUCGUGCAUUUGAUAUUGCCACGACGCAGACACAGGUUGAGCAGCCUUUAUGCCUUGACUGCAUGAGGGUAUUGUCUGAUAAGCUUGAUAAGGAGGUUGAAGAUGUCAACAGGGACAUUGAAGCAUAUGAGGCCUGUCUUAAACGUUUGGAGGGAGAAACUAGAGAUGUCCUCAGUGAGGCUGACUUUCUCAAGGAGAAAUUGAAGAUUGAGGAAGAAGAAAGGAGGCUUGAAGCCGCCAUUGAAGAAUCUGAGAAGCAGAAUGCUGAAGUAAAAGCUGAACUAAGGGAACUAGAGUUAAAGUCAAGCCGCUUUAAGGAAUUGGAGGAACGGUACUGGCAUGAGUUUAAUAAUUUUCAGUUUCAAUUAACUUCUUAUCAGGAGGAGAGAGAUGCCAUUUUGGCCAAGAUUGAAGUUUCACAAGCACAUUUAGAAUUGUUGAAGAAAACCAAUGUGCUUAAUGAUGCCUUCCCCAUUUCACAUGAUGGAGAAUUUGGAACCAUCAACAAUUUUCGACUUGGAAGGCUCCCCAAAAUUCCAGUUGAAUGGGAUGAGAUAAAUGCUGCAUGGGGCCAAGCUUGCCUUCUCCUCCAUACAAUGUGCCAGUAUUUUCGACCAAAGUUUCAAUAUCGGAUAAAAAUAAUUCCUAUGGGCAGCUACCCUCGUAUCACAGAUAGCAACAACAGUACCUAUGAGCUGUUUGGUCCAGUGAACUUGUUCUGGAGUACACGCUAUGACAAAGCAAUGACAUUGUUUUUGGCAUGCCUCAAGGAUUUUGCAGAAUUUGCCAAGUCCAAAGAUCAAGAAAAUAAUAUUCCCCCUGAGAAAUGUUUCAAACUUCCAUACAAGAUUGAUAAUGACAAAGUGGAAAACUAUUCCAUCACUCAAAGCUUCAAUAAGCAGGAAAACUGGACAAAAGCUCUCAAGUACACCCUUUGCAAUUUGAAAUGGGCUCUCUAUUGGUUUGUUGGGAACACCAACUUUCAACCUCUUUCAGCAAUCGUAUCUUCACAUUCUGAAGUGCCUGCUGUAGGUUCUUUGUACACAAAGCGAGGCACUGAACCCAACAAGUCUUAAUCUUCAAACCUUGAACAUAUGCUAGCUAGGUUUUAGGCUGACACCACACCUAAAUGUGUACAUAGAAAUAUUUAGUUUUUAGAAUACCAUGGUGUGACAAGUAUUCAACAUUUGAUAUUGAAUGUGGAAAUCUAUUCAAUAGCUAUAGAAGUAUAGAACUUCUCUUCCUAUACAAAGUUCAGUGUUAAACAUAAACUGCUCUUUUUCUUUUAGGUACAUCAGCAUAAACUUUUAUCUAAAGGAAGACCAAUUUCUUUGGAAA